UCGUGAUGCUGCACGUAGCAGCGGGUGCGCGCAAUUACGCAACGCCGCCGCCGCCGCCGCCGCUCGUGUGUGCACUCUAACCGGAUCAGCCUCUCCGGUGCUGCAGCCAGCCGACAGCCUCCAGAUCUCAGUAUGAAGACACUGCUUCCACACUUACUGUAACUUAACACUGCUUUUAGCAGACUGUCUCGUGACUCCAGCCGCCAUGGGAAAGGAGAAACUUCACAUCAAUAUUGUAGUGAUCGGCCAUGUGGACUCUGGCAAAUCCACCACCACAGGCCACCUCAUCUACAAGUGUGGGGGCAUUGACAAGAGGACCAUUGAGAAAUUUGAGAAGGAAGCAGCCGAGAUGGGGAAGGGCUCCUUCAAGUAUGCCUGGGUGUUGGACAAACUGAAGGCAGAAAGGGAGCGUGGCAUUACCAUCGACAUCUCCCUGUGGAAGUUUGAAACCAGCAAGUACUACGUGACCAUCAUUGAUGCCCCGGGUCAUCGGGAUUUCAUCAAGAACAUGAUCACUGGGACCUCCCAGGCAGACUGUGCCGUUCUGAUCGUGGCAGCUGGCGUCGGAGAGUUCGAGGCAGGCAUUUCCAAGAACGGACAGACCCGUGAGCAUGCCCUGCUGGCCUACACUCUAGGAGUAAAGCAGCUCAUUGUGGGUGUCAACAAGAUGGACUCCACCGAACCCAACUACAGCCAGAAGAGAUACGAGGAAAUUGUGAAGGAAGUGAGCACCUACAUCAAGAAGAUUGGGUACAAUCCUGACACUGUUGCCUUUGUUCCCAUUUCAGGCUGGAAUGGAGACAAUAUGCUCGAGCCCAGUCCCAAUAUGACUUGGUUUAAAGGGUGGAAGAUCAAUCGAAAGGAAGGCAGUGCCUCAGGAACCACAUUGCUGGAGGCUCUGGACGCCAUCCAGCCCCCCACUCGUCCGACAGACAAACCUCUCCGUCUACCUCUGCAGGAUGUCUACAAGAUAGGAGGUAUUGGAACAGUUCCUGUUGGCCGUGUGGAGACCGGCAUUCUCAAGCCUGGCAUGGUGGUCACCUUUGCUCCAGUCAAUGUGACAACUGAAGUGAAGUCUGUGGAAAUGCAUCACGAGGCAUUGACUGAGGCUCUUCCUGGUGACAAUGUGGGUUUUAAUGUCAAGAAUGUGUCUGUCAAGGACAUUCGUCGUGGCAACGUGGCUGGCGACAGCAAGAAUGACCCACCGCAGGAAGCUGCCAACUUCACUGCCCAGGUGAUCAUCCUCAAUCACCCAGGCCAGAUCAGUGCUGGAUAUGCUCCUGUGCUCGACUGUCACACCGCUCACAUUGCCUGCAAAUUUGCAGAGCUCAAGGAAAAAAUUGACCGUCGCUCUGGCAAAAAGCUGGAGGAUAACCCCAAAUCCCUGAAAUCUGGAGACGCUGCCAUUGUGGAUAUGAUUCCUGGCAAGCCCAUGUGUGUGGAGAGUUUCUCCGAGUACCCUCCACUGGGUCGUUUUGCAGUGCGCGACAUGCGUCAGACUGUGGCCGUCGGUGUCAUUAAGGGUGUGGAAAAGAAGGUCUCCACCACUGGUAAAAUUACCAAAUCUGCCCAGAAGGCUCAGAGGAACAAAUGAAUGUUGUGCUCCGCUGCCGACCCCAAGGUCUCCCAGGGCAGGACAUCAAUCAUCCAACUCCAUCCCACAAUUGGCUGCUACUGCUUGAUAAUUAAAGACUGGUUAAUCAUCACAAUGCAUCGCAAAAGCUUUCGAAGGAAAGAACAUUUAGAAUUUGACUUUAAGGUUGCACUCCUGACUCAAAGUUAGCCGUUAAAUUACCAUUGCGUACUUGUAAAAUCAAAUCAUUUUCAAUGUGUAAUCUUAAAUGGGUUCAUGGCAGUACAUUUAUGUGAUAUGUAGACCAAGCAGAGGUAUUGUAUUUGUUCAUCUCUUGAGCUCUAUAGAGUGCAGUUCCUAGUCUGUACAUGCUACAUGUUGUCUUGCUUUUCGUGUUUGUUUGCAAGCACAUGGUGCUCUGUAGGAGCCUGUGGCAAAACUAUUUUCUUCCAAGUAGUAGUCCAGCAGAAUAUAGUGACUUGUGUUAAAGCUUUAAAAGCAUUUAAAAGAAACAGUCCAACAUGGGACUGAUUGUGUGGACCAUCUGUUGACUCUUGGAGCACUUUGGUUGGUUGUUCUAACUUUGCACUUGCACUGUUGAAGUUUAAAUUGGCAUACGCUGCUGCACCUUAUUGUAAGAUGGCUUAAGCCUCUGCAACAUUAAACGUGUUCAAACCAA